UCUAAAUAUGAUGCGCAGUCAUAUGAUGCUGGAUUUCUUUUCUCACUACUUAAACGAUUUGUCACACCAUAUGUGAGCGGCUUACCUCUAAAAAUUUUGGUACUCUUACUUGAAUAUGUACCGGGACUAUCAAGUUACUUUUUCGGAAUUAGUGUCUUGAGAAAUAGAUCUUUCAAAGAGGACAUGACUAUUAUGCCAUUACCUUUACCAAAAGAAGUGUUUGGUAUCGAAGAACCUAUGAAAAUCGACGGGUUAGAAAUUUUCGACCAGAAUAAUAAAUAUCUAGAAAAUCAAUUAUUUUUAUGCACACGUGACUUUACUAAAGCAUACUUAGCCAAAAGAGUUACUCCUAUACAAGUAUGCGAAAAAUUAAUUGACAAAAUAAAUCUAUCAUGUUCUAAAGCAUGUAACCCACCUCUUUAUGGUAUGUAUCAAUGGCACCAAGAUGAUAUUAUGGCUCAAGCUAAAGCUUCGACUACCCGAUAUAGUCAGAACCGAUCUUUGGGACCCCUUGAUGGUGUCCCUGUAGCAAUUAAAGAUGAGCUUGAUGUUUCAGGUUAUGAGACACAUGUAGGAACUUCAUUUCUUAAUCGAGGAAAUCAUGCCUCAAGAGAUGCAUUUUUGGUAAAAAAAUUAAGAGAUCAAGGUGCCAUCAUAAUCGGAAAAACAAAUAUGCACGAAAUUGGGUUUGGUAAUACAACUAAUAAUCCGAAUACGCAUACAACUCGUAAUCCUUACAAUCCUGACCAUUAUUGCGGUGGGUCAAGUGGAGGUAGCGCAUGUGUUGUUUCCAGUGGUUUAUGUCCAAUCGCCAUAGGCUGUGAUGGUGAUGGUUCUAUAAGAAUACCAUCCUCUUUUUGUGGAAUCUAUGGAUUAAAGCCUACAUGUGGAAGGGUUUCUUCAACAGGAGAAUUAAAUCCUUCAGUAACUUAUAAUGGAGUAAUGUAUACACAAUUGGCCAAUUUUAUUGGCAUUCCUGCCAUUACAGUACCCGCUGGUUAUAAUGACAAGAAUCUUCCUAUUGGAUUACAAUUUAUGGCAAAAUGGUAUGAUGAAGCAACUUUAUUAAGAGUUGCGAAAGUCUCUGAGGAAAUAUUAGGAAGUAAAAAACGAAAACCUUCUGAAAAAUAUUGGUUUGGUGAUUUAUUGUGA